CUGCUCGAUUAUUUCCCCCAAAGUCGACUCGCCCCCCGACUUCUCCAUCGCAUCAUCAACACCACUCUCAUUCAAAUGUCGGACAAGGUUGUCGCUACCCCCACGGCCAAGCCGCUGCCCCUGCCCUUCGGGUACACGUUCGCCGCUGGCGCCAUUGCCGGUGUCACUGAGCUUCUCCUCCUGUACCCCCUCGAUGUCGUCAAGACGCGCCAGCAGCUCGACACGAGCAAGAACCCCGCGGGCAUGAUCCAGACCUUCAAGAACAUCGUCACGCAGGAGGGCCCCUCGCGCCUCUACCGCGGUAUCCUCUCGCCCCUCCUCAUGGAGGCGCCCAAGCGUGCCGUCAAGUUCGGCGCCAACGGCUGGUGGGGUGCCCUCUUCACCGACAACGGCAAGAGGAAGACGACGCAGUCGAUUGCCAUCUUGACCGGCUGCUUCGCCGGUGCCACCGAGUCGUUUGUCGUCACGCCCUUUGAGCUCGUCAAGAUCCGUCUCCAGGACAAGUCGUCGACUUACACCGGCCCCCUUGACGUUGUGAAGAAGGUUGUCGCCAAGUCGGGUCCUCUUGGUCUCUACCAGGGCAUGGAGUCGACCUUCUGGCGCCACUGGUGGUGGAACGGCGGCUACUUCGGCUCGAUCUACCAGGUCAAGGCCCUCCUCCCCAAGGCCGAGAACAAGCAGGCCGAGAUGAUCAACAACCUUGCCGCCGGUACCGUUGGUGGUUUCGUCGGUACCGUCAUGAACACUCCUUUCGAUGUCGUCAAGUCUCGUCUCCAGCUCCACGCCACUGGCGAGUGGACCUACCCCGCUCUCUUCCGCAUUGCCCGAGAGGAGGGCUUCGGCGCGCUCUACAAGGGCUUCGCGCCCAAGGUCCUCCGUCUCGCCCCCGGUGGUGGUGUCCUCUUGCUUGUCGUCGAGGCCCUCUCCGCCGUCUUCCGCAAGCAGCUCGGCCCUCCCUACAUUUAGAUGUUGGUCUAAUCCAGUGCUAUCGUGUCUUUGGUAUUGCCGCGGGUCAUCGCGGGUGUAUUGGCGUGGUAUGCAGGUUGUCACCGGG